CUGGAACUGGCACUUAAACUUGAGGCAGAGGGGCGGGAGGGGAAGCUGUACCUACUGGACAGUUCUCCAGAUUUCAUGAAGAUGCUGGUGGAAAAAACUGUUGGCAGGAAUGAUGAUCAGUUUCAGAUCAAUGCCAUAUGCAAUAUAUUCAGAAUUGUUUCACCACGUAAUGCCACAUCAGCAGCCAUCACUAAGUUGGUUCAGGAGAUCACACCUCUGAAAAACUUGGACGAGAAGUUAGAUCAUGUCAUCAGUAAAUUUCCUGUUUUGAGAAACAGUGCAGAGUACUACAAAGCUGCUAGUUUGUGUGCCUUGGAUCGACUUAAAACCAUUUCAAACUAUGAGUGGGACUACACGAAAAAGGUCAGGGCUGAAACCACCCUUCUGAGGCCUGUUGCAAUGGCAGUGAAAUCAUCGGAUGAUUAUGGACUCUCUAAGUGUUGUGAGAAAAAGGUGGAGGUAUAUUUUGUGGAUGGCAACCACUUGACAAUGCUGGACAGCGAGGAUGCUGCCGCCAUUAUCAACAGGCAGAUUACAAAUACUGAGGCCCUUUAAUUGAAAGACAUCCAUAAUCAGCAGAACAUUUAUUAUUAAAGUAAUUCAUAUCCACAACAGC